AUGGCUCUCUCAAAUUUUCAAACUUCAUCAGAACAUAGUUAUGCGUCAAAAAGAGUAAAAACAAAUGAAAAUGCCAAUGCUAUUCAAUCCAAGAUUCAACCACGUUUUGUUGUUAUUAACGAUCCAACAGGCGAACUGAAAAAAAUGUCACCAUUUGUAAUAAAUAAAUAUAUUCAAGGAAUUGCUGGAGAACCAAAGUUUAUGAAGCGGCUACGAUCUGGUGACCUUUUAAUAGAAACUAUAUCUCCUAUUCAAGCUGUAACAUUUCUUGGCAUAACAAGACUUGGAAAUCUAGAUGUUAGUGCUUCAGCGCACAAAACUCUAAAUCACUGUCGUGGAGUUAUCUCUCAACUGGAUCUUCUCUCUGUUUCAGAGGAAGAAUUCGUCACAGAACUCUCCAGUCAGAAUGUCUGUGCUGCUAAGAGGAUUGAAAUGCGUAAAGACGGUCAGUUGAUAGAUACCAAACACGUUAUCCUGACCUUCAGUUCGGCUGAUCUGCCCAAAAGUGUCAAGGCCGGGUAUCUUCAUUGUCCAGUAAGACCGUACCUCCCGAACCCCAUGCGAUGUUUCCAGUGCCAGCGCUUUGGUCACUCCAAAAUAUCCUGUCGAGGUAAGCCCACGUGUGCACGCUGCUCCGUGGAGGGCCACGACAGUGAUAACUGUAACGCUGCGUCACUCUGUAUCAACUGUAAGGGGGAGCACACAGCAUAUUCACGUUCAUGCCCAAAAUGGAAAGCCGAGAAAGAAGUACAGGCAUUGAAAGUUACUAGAAACAUCACUUAUGCAGAGGCUAGAAAAAUUAUUGCUAGUACACAGCCACGUUCGAAUGUCUCUUAUGCUAAUGCUGCUGCAAAAUCCGUUAAAUCCGUUGCAAUACAAACCAAUCUGACCCUUAGAGGUAAAAAAGAAAAUAGUGAACCAGUAAACCCAAAUAAGAACAAACUUAUACAGACUAAUGCAACUAAAAAUGUAUCAGGAAGCAAUAUCUCAGAUAAAAAACAUAUUAAAUGA